GCCAGUAGGGUUUUGCACGCGCUAUCUGGAAAUUCAGAAACCGAGGUUGGACGAUCGCGUCGACACCGUCAAUAACCAAACAUUUUUCCACCCAUUACUUGCAUCAUGCACUUCCGGACAAUUUACCUGCUGAGUGUGGUAGUUAUGGCGCUAGCCGCGGACAAACCGAUCGCCAUCGUCAGUCAAAGUCAAGAUAUCAGUCCGGAUGGAAGUUUUUACUCGAAAUGGGAAACCGCUAAUGGCAUUGCCGUCGAGGAAGAGGGUGUUCUGAAGAAUCGUGGUCAAAAGGAUGCAGAAGCCGAAGAAGUUCGCGGCUCGGCCUCGUGGACCGCGCCGGAUGGUACGAAAAUAAACCUCGGUUGGUUAGCAAACGAAAACGGUGCCACAUUUCAAGGGCCGCAUCUGCCAACACCACCACCCACGCAACCAAUACCCGUUCUCAUCCAGCGUGCCCUCGACUGGAUAGCCGCACAUCCCUCUAAAGACGCGAGAAACGGAUUGUAGUUUUCCGCUAUGUUUCGUUCUUAACAGGACAGUAUCGCGCGAAGAAAUCGACCGCGUGCUUUUUUCCUCCGAAUGAUUUAAAAAAUUUGACUUUAUGUACGUACGUCUUUCUGGAAAUUUGAAUUCUCUUGCCUGGAAUUCACCGAACUAUCCGUGUGUAAGUUGUUCGAAGAAUAUGCGACGAAGAAAAGCAUUUCGUAAGAACUAAGAUGUAAAAACUUUAGAUUAAACGUAUUAUAGAUCGA